AAACCCGCGUUUCCAGACGGUGACUUCACCAGCCAGAGCGAAUGGCCCGGCGAGCUCACCAUCAUCUCAGGGAGGUGGGCUUCAUCGCUGGCGAGGACCUCGCCGACGUUGGCGCCGGAGAGAAGGAGGGCUGGCUCUCUGAUUCUUCCCUGCUUGCCGCUCUCCACCCCCGCGCCCUCGCCCUUGCCCGUUCCGAUCUGGCUGUCAUCCUUGCCCUUGAUUCUCCUUCCGAUUACUCCGUCAGGAUCCGCCCAUCUCUCUCCCCUGAAGAUGGCCAAAUCUCUGCCCUCGAGUGGGUGACGCUCUCCGGCGACGAUGCCCUUGCCCUCGCCAUCGGCACCUCUGGUGGAUCCCUCCUCAUUUACUCCCACGACGCAGAUCUCAUCCACAAGCAGUUCAUUCACCCUGGGCGAGUGCUGAGGCUGAGGUUCCGUGAAAUCAAGGGGAAUUCUCAGCAGGAUGCGGUUUCAGGUGAACUUUGUGUUGUCAUGCCCGGUAUCAUUGCGAGAUUUGAUGGCUCGGAUAUCCAGAGCUUGCUGAGGAGAUGGUUUGAAGAUGAUGGUUCACGAGCCUGGGAAAACAAGCUCAAUAAGCAAGCAGAUCAUGAAGAUUCACAUGGGAGGAUUCCAUUUCAGUUGUGGAAUGUUGGUAAAUAUGGUUCUUGUGUCGAUGCAGCUAUCACAGGAUUGAUGGCUCCCCCUCUCUUGGAGUUUCAGUCAGGACAGCGUUACUACUGUGGGAUCACAAUUGGAGAUGAUGCUGUGAUAUCUGCAUAUAGGCUUUCAGUGGACAGGAGUAGGUCCUUAGUUGGAGCAAUUCUCUCAAAGGUUGUACCAGUAACAUUUUCAACAUUAGCAUCUGUUUCUAGAAUGAUAUGGCGGAGCGAGCAAACAUCCAUGAAAAAAUCCCGACCUUCCCCUCCGCCAUUUGCUAAAGCAUCAUCUUUGACAUGUUUGAAAGAUCCCCCAAGAAAGGGAGAAAGACUUACUCUUUCUCCAACUGGUACAUUGGCUGCUAUAACAGACUCUCUUGGCCGUGUACUGCUUUUAGACACUCAGGCACUUGUGGUUGUGCGGUUGUGGAAGGGUUACCGUGAUGCACACUGCCUUUUUGUGGAGAUGUUGAUUAACAAAGAUAAGCCUUCAUCAAGUUCCACACCUUAUGUGAUUACAAGGAGUGAUUAUUGCUUAUGCCUAGCCAUUCAUGCACCUCGCAAAGAAAUAAUUGAGAUUUGGCAGAUGAGAACCGGUCCGCGACUUCUCACUAUACAAUGCCCUAAAGGAAGCAGAAUUCUGCAGCCAUCGACGAGGUUUCCAUCAUCAGACUCAUCAUCCUACCAUCCUCUGGAAGUUUUUGUAUUGAAUGGAGAUUCUGGACAGUUAUUAGUUCUAAACAAAUCUAUUGGUUAACCAUUACUGUGCAUUCUUCAAUUGAAUUGGUUACCAUAGCUGCAUCUGCUUUAUUGUAUUAUUAAGCUUGUAAAAUUAUUUUAGCUUCCUUAGUUUUUGUUUUUGUUUUUUUUUGUUUUUUUUUUAAUGACCUUUGAUAGUAUAGGCAUACAGAGACUGAUGAAGGAGUGUUUUCAUGCAAUUUUAAAUUAUUCUUUUUAAUAAAAUUGAUUGGAUUGGUACAUUA